CGUCACAAAAGAUAUUAGAAUGAUACCUCUUGUAAAAUCGUGAAGGUUAGAAAGAAUUAGGACUAUGAACGAAUCAUCCCCACCGCCCAAGUGGGUGGAACUACAAAGGAAGGGGUUCACUAAAUGGGUCAACGCACAACUUGUGAAACGAGACCAUCAGAUAUGUAUAGACGGGAGCUUGGAAGCAGCUUUGGCGGAUGGGGUGAGGUUACCAAUUCUCAUAGAGGAAUUGAAAAACCAGAAGAUAUUCAAGAAGCCCAAAAUUAGUAAAGAGUCCAGGUUUCAACAACUAGCCUCUCUGCAUACUGUGAUGGACCACUUGCGACGAGAGGAGGGCCUAUCAUUAGUCAACAUCAGUGCGGAAGACAUCUACGAUCAGAACACAAAGUUGUGUCUUGGACUGGUCUGGACACUGAUCUGCCACUUCCAAAUCGAGAUGGCCUUGAGAGAUAGUGCAGAUACAAGCGGCACCUCUGAUAAGAAGAAGAAGAAAAGCAACAAGCAGUCCGACAAGAAGGUCUUCCUGACGAUGCUAAACGACGUAUACAUCCACCGCAAUAUGCCACCUAUCAGCAACUUCGAUCGAGACUUUUCGUCACCUACCCGAUUUUAUUGUCUUUUAAACCAUUUGCGAGAUUGCACGGGAUCGUCAAAGAAACGUGAAGAAGAUUUCGCGUCUUUGCCUGAUGUGGAACAGUUUGCUGUUGCAUUCAAGGCUGCCGAAGACGAAUUCGAGAUACCUCAACUUUUGGACCCACUGGACAUGACCGCGCAGAAUCCCGACGAGUUGGUUGUGCUGACGUAUCUAUCCUACUUCAUCCGCGAGAUUAAAACCACAUGUCCCGAUGGAGCCAUUCCGUACUCAUAUGACACCGUACAAGAGGCCAAGCAUCAGCCAUCGCCAAUUGCACAGUCGGACACCAGUGAAUCCAGUAUAUACACUGAAGUGGAGCCUGUGGUAG